AUGGCUGCGAAAUCAUCCAAAGAGCCGAGCAUGACUGAGCUACAGGGAGGCCGGCCAGGGUCUUCGAGCAGGCUCAAUGAUCCAACAGUUGUUGAGAUAAAGCCACGCCAGCAUGAGAAUGGAAAACCACUAGCUGAACCUGAAAGCGGCCCAAAACCUCCACCAAAGAACGAUGAACAGCCGCACAAUGGGGAGCCAACAGGCACAGACAAUCGUGGAAAUGUUUCGGCAGACAGGCCGCAAGUACACGGAAUCCCGGAUGGACAUCCGUAUGAUCGUGGAGUCCGGGUCACCCACGUUUGCUGUGAGGUAGAGUCUGCACCAACAGGGAGUGCGUGGUUUUCAUCUCGACGUUCCAACAAGUCUCGCGAGCAGGCAAUGGAGCAGGAAAUCCAUCAAUUACGAUCAGAAAUUGGACGCCAGCGCCAAGUCAUUACUGAGCUACAAGAAGGAAAUUCAUUCACAAAGGAUGAAAAUUUCCAACUGCGAGGGAAAAUACGAGAGCUCAAUGGCUUGAUCCGCCGGACACAGGAGAGAGCUUUUGGAGAAAUUGGCCAGGGGAAAUGGGCUUCCCAGCCCGACAGAGAUAUCCGUGAUGACCUCUCUUUACUUCAACGUCAACUAAGAGACUGGAGCAAAGAGUACGCUCUGGAUUCCGCAAGUAGCCUGCAGGCGUUGAAAAUGAGCGAGGAAGAAAAAGACGAGUUUCUAUGCAACUUAAGCAAGGUGGUAACACUCAGUGAAAAUGGUAGUAUCCCAGCAACGCUACGGUCGGGGAAAAUGGAACGCCGACUACCAUCUAUCCUGCUAAACGCCCUAGUGGCUCAUGAUAUCUAUACUCAGAUAUUCGACGACCCUUUCUAUUUCUUGGGCCAGACUAACGGCUCAGAUGACCAAGAUUCCUCAGUUGAUGGAACUCCCCUUGUUAACGAGACUCUAAACAGAAUCUAUGCAGAACUAAAGAAUCGUAUGAAGGCUUCCUUUCUCACCACAUGUUAUAUAAGACCACUAACAUUUUGUUUGUUCCCAUAG